CAUGUGUUUUUCAAGAUGGCGUCGGAAAAAAUACUCCGUCGGGAAAAUAAAGGUUUCGCUUUGUGACGUCAAGUUUCUCUUCUUCUUGGCAUCCAAACAACAAGGAUGUCUCACCGUAAAUUUGAGGCUCCUCGCCACGGUUCGCUCGGCUUCUUGCCGCGAAAGCGUGCUGUUCGCCAUCGUGGCAAGGUCAAGUCUUUCCCCCGUGAUGACACUGCCCAGCCAUGCCAUCUUACAGCUUUCGCUGGAUACAAGGCUGGUAUGACACACAUCGUCCGUGAGGUGGACAAGCCUGGUUCUCGCAACCACAAGAAGGAGGUCGUCGAGGCCGUCACCAUCAUCGAGACUCCCCCGAUGAUCGUUGUCGGUGUUGUCGGUUACAUCGACACCCCGCGCGGUCUGCGUACCUUCAAGACCGUCUGGGCUGAGCAUCUCAGUGACGAAUGCAGACGCCGAUUCUACAAGAACUGGUGCAAGUCCAAGCAAAAGGCUUUCUGCAAGGCCAGCCAGCGCUGGACUUCCGAUGAAGGCAAGAGCUCCAUCGAGCAGGACUUCGCCAAACUGAAGAAGUACUGCAAGGUCAUCCGCCUGAUCGCCCACACCCAGAUCAAGUUGGUGCCCAUUUCUCAGAAGAAGGCUCACCUUAUGGAGAUCCAGGUCAACGGUGGUUCGAUCGCAGACAAGGUCGACUAUGCCCGUGAGCGCCUUGAGAAGCCCGUGCCGAUCAACAAGGUCUUCGGCCAAGACGAGAUGAUUGACGUCAUCGGAGUUACUCGCGGAAAGGGAUUCAAGGGUGUCACUUCCCGUUGGCACUGCAAGAAGCUACCGCGUAAGACUCACAAGGGUCUUCGCAAAGUGGCCUGUAUUGGUGCAUGGCAUCCUAGCCGUGUCCAGUACUCCGUUGCCCGUGCUGGUCAGAAGGGUUACCAUCACCGUACCGAGGUCAACAAGAAGGUCUACCGUGUCGGCGCUGGAUACCACCAGGAUGGUAACAAGGUUGUCAAGAACAACGCCGCCACUGGCUUCGACUUGACUGACAAGUCCAUUACCCCAAUGGGUGGAUUCCCCCACUACGGUGAGGUGAAGCAGGACUUCCUCAUGCUCAAGGGUUGCAUCAUGGGACCCAAGAAGCGUGUGGUUACUCUGCGUAAGACCCUGCUCGCCCAGACCAGCCGUGUCGCACGUGAGAAGAUCAACCUCAAGUUCAUCGACACCUCGUCCAAGUUCGGCCAUGGUCGCUUCCAGGUCGCUGCCGAGAAGCGCGCCUUCAUGGGUACGCUCAAGAAGGAUCGCAUUCGCGAGGAGGAGGCCGCUCUUGCCAAGUAAACCGAUUGUACACCACCUUGUCGCUCUACUACCAUCUGCGAAGAGAAAUACAGUUGUUCCACCUCA